AUGCAAACAACGCAUUUCCAAGAUGAUAAAUUUCUCGCCAAAAUACAAGCUUUUCGAGAUAAAAGUGAUAUUCUGAGAGUAAAGACCAAACUGGUACAUAGUGAUGAGAAUGAGAAUUUCAGAUGUCCAAUCCUUUUACCUGCUAACAGUGUUGUGUUAGAAUUAAUCCGUGAAGAGCAUAUAAAAGCGAUGCAUGCAGGUCGUUCCAUCUUACUCUCAAGACUCAGAGAGCGAUACUGGAUUCUUAAAGUUAAAAAGUUAAUAAACAAAGUUAUUUCCAAGUGUGUGACUUGUAAGCGUCAUCAAGCUAAACCAGUAGAAGUUCCUUUUGCGCCCCUUCCAAGAGAAAGGGUUACUCAGACAAAAGUUUUUCAAGUGUCUGGUGUGGACUAUGCCGGUCCUCUGUAUCUAAAAUCGAAAGAAAAAGCUUGGAUCGUUUUGUUUACCUGUGCUGUGUACCGAGCAGUUCACUUUGAAUUAGUACGGUCUCUCACUACAGAUGCUUUCAUUCAAGCGGUCAGACGAUUUAUCGCAAGAAGAGGUAGAAUAUCGGUCAUUUACUCGAAUAAUGGAAAGAACUUUGUAGGAGCAAACCAUUAUUUAAAGAAUUUAGAUUGGGACAAGAUUGCUGUGUACUCAACCGCUCAGAAAAUAAUUUGGAAAUUUAUUCCACCCACAACAGCAUGGUGGGGUGGAUGGUGGGAGCGGAUAGUUGGAAUGCUUAAGACUCUUCUGCGUCGUGUGUUAGGUAAAUCUGUUGUGGAUUAUGAAGAACUAACUACAAUUUUAUGUGACUGUGAAUCGGUUAUAAAUAGCAGACCAUUGACCUACAUUCACGAUAAUCCAUCUGAAUUAGUACCUUUAACUCCGGCAACAUUUAUAUACGGGGAAGGUAGCAACAGCAACGAAACUCCCGAUCUAGACCUUGUGAAUCGAACCUCUAUGUUGAAACGUGUGAAAUUUUUGCAAAAAUUACGUGAAGAUCUCAAACAAAGAUUUAGAAAUGAAUAUCUUGCUCAGCUAGUGCACAAGGGAAUAAGAAGGAAUGAUGUUAUAAACAUCGGUGAUAUUGUUUUAAUAGGACAAGAUAAUGCUCGACGCAUAGAUUGGCCUCUUGGAAUUGUCUUGGAGCUUUAUCCUGGAAAGGACAGUAUUCCUAGAGUAGCCAGAUUAAGAACCUCUCAAGGAGAAAGGAUCCGAUCUUUCCAAAGACUUUAUCCUUUAGAGCUAUCAGCAAAGAACGAUGUGGAUAUUCUGGAAAAGUCUUCAAAGAAAAUUAACUUGGAAGUUGAUAAUAUUCCCAAUUCCGUUGAUGUGCCUGAUAAUUUGGAAGUGAAUUCGCUUAUCAAAGGCAGAUUGGGAAGAAUCAUAAAAAUUCCACAACGUUUAGAUUUAUGA